UUUUGUCUUUUAUAAGUUCACUUCGAAUUAUAUAUUAAUAUAUAUAAUAUUAAUAUUAAAUUAUUAAAUUAUUAAAAAAUUUAUGCGAUGAUGACUCUAGUGAAGACAGUUGUAAUGAUAAUUUUCCUCUUUUACAAUAUAAAAAAAAUCUAAAUAACGAAACUCCAAAGAAAAAUCAAACUUCUCCCACUUCAUCAUUCUCCGAAGAUUUGGAUUUUUUAAAAAAUGAAACAAAAAUCACGGAGAAUAAUAAUAAUAAUAAUAAAAAUAAGCGAAAACUUUUUACUUCGUUAAAUGAAAAUAUUGAAAUUCCAUCAGUGAAAAUUGACAUUGAUUAUAAUGAGGAAAAUUAUGAAAUGCAACAAAAAUCAAUGUCAAAUUUUAAAGAAAAAUUUUCAAUACAUUGUCGAAAUGUAAAAAAAUCAUUUAUGAAUAUAUUCCCAAAAAUUGAUUUAUGCGAAGAAAAAUGUCUUAAUGCAAAUUAUUUGAGUCAAAAUGAUGCUCUCGAUAUAACAAAACAUUUACAAAAUAUUCUCAAAGAAAUUGAAAUGAAAAUUCAUGAAAAUUCACAAAAAAUCGAUAAAACCUAUCAAUCAUGGUCAAGAAAUUGUAGUCCCUCUUUGAAAGUUAUGAAAAAAAUUAAAAACCACAAAGAAAAGGACAAUAUUAUCAAUGAAAAUGAGACAAAUAAAAAAAUUGUUAUGGAAUCGGAAAAAAUUGAUCAUAGAAACAAUAGAUACAAAAAAAAUAUAAUCUCUUCCGACACUGAAAGCGAUGAGAUAUUAUCGCAAAACAACAAUUUUUCACAAAGAAAAAAUAUGAAGAAACAAAAAAAUCAAUUUCAAAAAUUGAAUGAAAAAUCAAUGUCAUUGAAAUUAAAAAACUUUUCAUCAGCAUUUAAAACAAUAAAAAAAUCAUUGAAUAUUAUUAAUUCAGUUAUUGAUAUUUCGGAUGAUGAAAGAAACAGUGAUUCUGAUAUUCAAGAAUUGGAGGAAAAUAAUUCACCAAAAAUGAAAUUAAAAUUUCCAUCUGAUUCAGAUAAUGAUGAAGAAAUAAAUUCCAUGAGUGAAUCAAAAUUAAGAAAAAUUGGAGAAUUUCUUUCAAAUUCUGAAAUUAAAGAAAAGGCGAAAACAGAUUUAAUUGAGUUUAACGACAAUUCGGAAAAUGAGAUAAUAUUAGCAAAUACAGAGGGUGAAAGUGAAAAUAAAAUUGAGAAAAUUAAAGAAAAUGCUUUAAGGGAAAAAUUGGUAUCAAAUGAAUUGGAAAAUAAAUUAUCUUUACUUGAAGAAACAAAGGAAACAACAAUUGAAGAUACUUUGAAUGAAGUGUCGAGGAAGAAUUUAAACGACAUUGAUGAGAAAAAAUUAAUAUCACCACAUGAGAAACUAAAAAUGUCAUCUUACGUAAUGUUAGAAAUACUUGAUGAAAAAUUACUGGGAAAUCAGUUGAAAACAAAGAAAAAUCUCUCUACUUCCAUUAUUGUUAUUGAUAAAUAGCAAUUUCUACCUGUCAGCUUGAAAUCAUUAAUUUAUGAAUUCAAAAUCGAGAAUUUAUUCUCAAUGUCUUUGGAUUAAUACAAACCUUGUGGAAAAUUCAAUAAGUCUACCAAAAUCAACGCAAAAUCCAAUCUUCAUGGAAUUGUCGUCGGAUUAAAUUUAUUCGAAAGAAAAAAAUUAUUUAUCGUUUUCAAUUUUUAUUUUUUAAUUUCCAAAUUUGAUACAAAAAAUUUCAAUAUUAUUCGUCAUUCUCUUUCUAUUUAUUAAUCAGUGAAAAAUUAUCCCUUUUCUUAAUUUUUUCAUUGCUUUUCAAUUUCUUUAUGUUCUUUUCUAAAAAAAAAAAAAAACAAACAAAUAUAAUUUUUUAUUCAAAAGUAUUUUUUUUUUCAUAAAUUUCUUAAUUGAAUAUUUUUUUUUUUUAGAAUAUAAUCAUUGUUCUUAGUAUACAAAUAACAAAAUUAAGGGCUUUCGAUU